AUGUCCAUGGAGUUGGCCCCCGUUUUGAGGAAGGUUACAGCCAACCUUCCUACUCAUCCACCACCUUCAGCAUCCCUACCACCUCAUCUGGGAAGACUGAAUCUCGCAGAUCCUCAGUUUCUCUUAUCCAGACUAGUGGAUCUCCUUCUCGGCGCAUACGUCUACGGGCAAAUCAUCAAGCCCAAUAUCAUCCGACACUCGUCCACUGAGCUCAUCGCUCAGCUGUCAAUCUUUGGAUGGCUUGUAAUCGGGCCCAUCGAGGGUUCUCAGACUACUCAGAGGACUGUUCAUCAGGUGUCGGUCAAUAAUACCGAUUCCCAGCUGAGUGAAUUGUUCAGUCGAUUCUGGACGCAGGAAGAGCCACCACAGGACACGACACCCUUGCUCACUCCAGAAGAGCAAGAGUGUGAAGAUCAUUUCGAGACCACGCAUUCAAGAGAUUCUGAAGGACGCUACAUCGUACGAUUGCCGCUCAAGAUCCAUCCCCGAGCAUUUGGCAACUCCUAUCAGACUGCUCAUCAUUGCCUUCAGAGGAUGCUCAGAGGACUCACCAAGGACGCCCAGUACAAUCAGCUGUUACUCAGAAUCACCUCUCUCUGCCUCAUAUUCACCGACAGACAGCUCAGGCGACGCAACGCUCUGCCCACGCCACUCAUCACAGCUGCUGAUAUGGAGAAGGCCAGAAUUUACUGGAUUUAG